UUUUCCUCCCAAAAGAAAGCAAAAGUAAAAGAUGAGGUAACUCUGAUACUUGCACAUGAAGGUAAUACUAGCUAACCCUCCGUUUCAUUUUUAUUAAACCUUCUUUUUCUUUCUUUUCCUUUCACAAACACAUACAAAAUACAAACAGACAUCAGACCUCAGACAUCAGACCUCCCCUAUAAAAACCCAGUUCAUCCAACACCACCUCUUCCUCUUUUUUUCUUCCUCUCCCAUAUUCUUAGCUUAUAUAAUUCCCAUUUUUGACGUCAUAACUACAAAUAUUCCACUACAUUAUAUUCUUUGCUUUGUUACAUUAUAUUCCUUUCCCAAAAUUGUAAUUUAUAAAUUGGGCAGCCAUAUUAGAGUUUAGAAUGGCAACGGUGAGGAAACUAAUAGUAGAAGUUGUAGACGCAAAAAACCUUCUACCAAAAGAUGGGCAUGGUACAUCUAGUCCCUACGUGGUGGUGGACUUCUACGGGCAGCGAAAACGGACUCAAACUGUGGUCCGAGACCUUAACCCGGCAUGGAAUGAAGCCCUAGAGUUUAAUAUGGGUGGACCAUCCACCGUGUUCGGUGACACCCUUGAAGUUGAGGUCUACCACGACAAGAAUUAUGGCCCCACCCGUAGACAUAACCACUUGGGUAGGGUUAGAUUAAGUUCGGCCUCGUUUCAGUUCGUUAAAAAAGGCGAGGAAGCCUUGAUGUACUUCCCUCUUGAGAAGAAGUACUUGUUAAGUUGGAUACAGGGAGAUAUUGGCCUCAAAAUUUAUUACUCCGAUGAGGCCCCACCACCACCUCCUCCUCCUCCGCCGGAGAUUCUGCCGGAGCAGGAAUCUCCUGUGAUGGAGGAGAAGACGGAAGAGCAACCCCCUGUUGACACGUCAGCUUCUGCGGCGCCGACAACGGAAUCUGGUGGUGACUUGUCUGCUAAGUUACCUGAGGAAGUGGUAGGGAGUGAUGAGGUGGGUGAAGGACCAACAAUACAACGUGAGGAUGAGCAGAGAAAAGGUGAUGAUCAAAUAGAGCAGGAAGAAUUACCACCACCAUCACCACCACCUUCGCUAGAACCAUCAACGCUGAUGGGGGACCCACCACCAGCAGCAGCAGCAGCAGAGGUUGAAAUGAUGGCUUCAGCAGUUUCGGGUACAAUUCCUGAAGUGAAAUUUGCUGACGACGCUGGGUUGAAGCCACCGCCGUCGAUGCCGCCAACACCGGCGAUCUCGAGAUCAGUGUCGACGGCGUCGUUUGAGAGUGUUCCUAUUGAGCGGACAACAUUUGAUCUGGUGGAGAAGAUGCAUUACCUGUUUGUUCGUGUUGUUAAGGCUAGAUCGCUUCCUACUAAUGGAUGUCCUGUAGUGAAGAUAGUUGCUUCCACCCACCGUGUGGUUUCCAAGCCUGCCCGGAAAACGAAUUUCUUUGAGUGGGGCCAGACAUUUGCUUUUGCCCGCGAUUCGCCGGAUUCGUCUACUAUUUUGGAGGUCUCAGUGUGGGACCCACCUCAUCCGGAAGCGGCGGAUCCAAUGGAAGGGUUGUCGAUGAGGGAGUUUUUAGGCGGGAUAUGUUUUGAUACGACGGAGAUUCCGCUACGGGACCCACCAGAUAGUCCCUUGGCCCCACAAUGGUACAGGUUGGAGGGAGGUGGGGCCCACUCAGGGGACUUGAUGCUUGCAACCUGGGUGGGUACUCAGGCAGAUGACUCAUUUCCUGAUGCUUGGAAGACGGAUACCACUGGAAGUGUGAGUUCAAGGGCUAAGGUCUACUUGUCUCCAAAGUUGUGGUACUUAAGAGCAACUAUACUGGAAGCUCAAGAUAUCUUGUUUGGGUCCAAGGAGUCUAUGUUUCAAGUCAAGGCCCAACUUGGAUUUCAAAUUUUCAAGACUAAGCCGACAGCUAGUCGUAACGGCUCCCCGAUUUGGAAUGAGGACUUAAUGUUUGUAGCAGCUGAGCCAUUUGGGGAUCAAUUGGUCUUGACAUUGGAGCAUAGGGGACCAAAGGGGUCUAUUGUCGUUGGCGUUGCUCGGGUGGCUUUAACAACGAUUGAGAGGCGUGUGGAUGAUCGAAACGUGCUAGGCAAGUGGUUCACUUUUGAUGAUCCUAGUUGUGAUGGAAACAAGAUGUAUAAAGCAAGAGUUCAGUUGAGGUUGUGUUUUGAUGGUGGGUAUCACGUGAUGGAGGAAGCCGCUCAUGUAUGCAGUGACUAUCGCCCCACAGCAAGACAAUUGUGGAAGGCUGCUGUAGGGAUGGUAGAGUUAGGGAUCAUUGGGUGUCGGAAUCUUCUUCCUGCCAAGGCGGUGAACGGUAAAGGGUCUACUGAUGCUUAUGCUAUAGCCAAGUAUGGUCCAAAGUGGGUUCGUACUCGUACUGUGUCCGAUUGUUUGGAUCCAAAGUGGAAUGAACAAUACACAUGGAAAGUUUAUGACCCAUGUACAGUUCUAACCAUUGGAGUGUUUGAUAGUUCGGGAAUUUUUGAAAGUGAAGAACCACUCGAAGGCAUGCAUCCGGAUUUAAGAAUUGGAAAAGUACGUGUACGUAUCUCCACUCUUCAAACUGGAAGAGUGUACCGAAAUACAUAUCCCUUACUUUCACUAACUCCUAUGGGAUUGAAGAAGAUGGGUGACAUAGAAUUGGCCGUAAGAUUUGUGAGAAGCAUGCCUAGUCUAGAUGUACUAAAUGUCUACUCUCAACCGUUAUUACCAUUAAUGCACCAUAUCAAGCCACUAGCCCUGGGACAACAGGAGAUGCUAAGGAAUGCAGCUGUGAAGAUAUUAGUUGUACAUUUAUCACGAUCAGAGCCACCACUUCGUCAGGAAAUUGUUCGUUAUAUGUUGGAUGCAGACUCCCACACUUUUAGUAUGAGAAAGGUUCGUGCAAAUUGGUUUAGAAUAAUCAACUUGGUUGCUGGUAUGAUAGAUAUAGUGAAAUGGGUUGAGGAUACAAGAACAUGGAAAAACCCCACAUCCACCAUACUUGUGCAUGCAUUGCUAGUAGUGCUAGUUUGGUUCCCUGACCUCAUCAUUCCUACAUUAGCGUUCUAUGUCUUUGUGAUCGGUGCAUGGAACUAUAGGUUCCGUUCUCGAGACCCACUCCCUCAUUUUGAUCCAAAGAUUUCAUUAGCUGAAAAUAUUGAUCGUGAUGAGCUUGAUGAAGAAUUUGAUAUAAUACCAAGCAAUAGACCAUCAGAGAUUGUUCGUACACGUUAUGAUAAGCUUCGUACACUAGGGGCACGUGUGCAAACGGUAUUGGGUGAUCUAGCAACACAAGGAGAACGUGUGCAAGCAUUGGUGACAUGGCGGGAUCCUCGUGCCACCGGGAUAUUUGUUGGCUUGUGCUUUGUUGUGGCUAUUAUAUUGUAUUUGGUUCCAUCAAAGAUGGUAGCAUUGGCUUCAGGUUUCUAUUACCUACGCCACCCAAUGUUUAGGGAUCGUGCUCCUUCUCCGGCAAUCAAUUUCAUAAGGAGAUUACCCUCGCAAUCUGAUCGAAUAUUAUAGAUUACUAAUGUAACUUUCAAAUACCCAUCUAUAUUUUUGAUGUUUUAGAAGUGAAUCUUACUUUAAAUGUGUAUGUUAUAAAUAUGUUGUCUUUAUUUAUUUCGAUCAUGAUUAGUAAUUGUGAUCUAUAAGUAUGUCUCCACUUUUUAUCAAAAAGAAAGAAAGUAUGUCUUCACUUGUAAUCUUAUAAUAUUUCCAUUA